UUAAUAUAAGCUGUUUUCACAUUGCCAAUUUUUCAUAUAUAUACAUACUUUUUUCUUUUCUUUUUUUUUUAGACAGAGUCUCACUCUGUCGCCCAGGCUAGAGUGUAGUGGCACUAUCUCCACUUACUGCAACCUCCGCCUCCCAGAUUCAAGCGAUUCUUCUGCCUCAGCCUCGAGAGCAGCUGGGAUUACAGGUGCACACCACCACACCUGGCUAAUUUUUGUAUUUUUAGUAGAGAUGCGGUUUUGUCACAUUGGCCAGGCUGGUCUCAAACUCCCGACUUCAGGUGAUCCACCCGCCUCGGCCUCCCAAACCAAUUUUUCUUAUAAGUUAAUAGAAUGACCUGAAAAUUUAAUUGCCUCCUACCUAGGUUACUUGCUUUUUUUUUUUUUUUUUUUUUGAGAAAAGAUCCUACUAUGUGGCCCAGGCUAGCCUUAGACUACUGGGAGAUCCUCCUGCCUCAGGCCUCCCAAGUUGCUGGGACUGCAGGCGUUCACCACUACACCAGGCUUUGCCAAUUUUAAUCUAUAGGAGCUUAUAGGCCAAAUUUUAACCAAAAGUCUUCCCUGCAGUGUUAAAAAUGUAAACAUUUAUUCUCAUCCAUUUCUAAUAUAAUUUAAUAAAUACUAGUCAAGUGAAACAGCGGGAGUGAAGGAACAAAGAAAUCUGUAACUGGUUGUGAUCAACUCGUUGUAAGUACCACUGUACUUAGACCAGCCCAUUUUUAAUUUAAAAAUGUGAUUUGAUCAUAUAUUUAUAUACUUGACUUUCUCAACCAUUUAUGAAAACUUAGAAGGGUGGGUGUUCUUUAUCAAAACUGAGUUUUUUCAGGUAGAGAGAAUAAAAUGGUUUGUUGGGACUUGAGGACAAUAUUUAGAGUUUCCUGUGUUGCAGACACUUCUCUUCUAUUGAGUGAGAUGUUGUUAACUUUGUUUCUUGUCUAUUAGUGGGUCCUGGGAGAGAUCAGAAAUUCUGGUUUAUGUCAUCUGCCUAGGCAAGUCAUUCACAAUUCUGAGCAUGCAUACAUCUUAGCUGCUUUUGAGUCUCCUACAGAAUGAUGGUGUGGUAAGCAUGGAUCAAAGCUCUUAUCACUACCCUUCUAAGGCUGGUGAUGCUAGUCACUUCUUAACUUCCAGUUUGGGGAAGAAAGUGAGAAGAGAGGUUUAAAAAAAAAGGCACUGUUGUAUUACAAACCAAAAUCAAAAACAGAUUUCCAUACUAACUACCCUUCCAAAGAUAACACAUUAGCUAUACCAUUAAUCCAGCAAAGUAGGGAGGAAAAUGAAGGAGUGCAUUUGUCUCAUUAGAGUCUUUUCGUUUUGAGAGGUAGACAGGAAAGAUAGAGAUACACCAGACUCAAGUUUCUUGAUACAAUAAGUGUAUCAAGAAUAUAAACGGGUUUGAUAAAAUGAACAUUUAAAAAACAUAGCACCAAGCUGAUUCUUCUUCCUGCAGACCUUAAUGCCUAACUUUUGAAAGGACUUGAGACAUAAGAAUCACAAUUAAAAAAAAUUAUUGUUUCCAUGCCUUCAUGGUGGAUCAAUUUCCAUAGAAGUCUACCAAAAUGACUUAUCUCCAUCCCAGGGAACCAACUGCAAGAGGGAAAAUGAAAGGAAUGCAAUCUUUCUAUGUAGGCAGAGUGGACGUAAGUGUGAGUCAGAAACACCGAUUUCAGUUUGUGUGCUGCAACUUGAUUACUUGGGUUAUGUUUGGCUUCUCAGAACUUUGGGAGGUGAAUUUGAAAAACAGGUAAUACCACACUAUAUAGUUCAGAGGAUUACCUCAGCUUACAAACAGCAAAUGAGAUGCAAAUGUGAGCCAUAAUUCAUAUUUCUAAGCAGUUGGAGCCCUGAUAUAGCACUGGGGUUACAAACAAGUGGGGAAAAAUGUCAACCCAGUGAUGUCAUACUCCUAGGCCGUGCCCUAAGAUUUUUUGGAACCUGGCGGGCUGAGCACAACAGGGAAUGCCUCACCACCCUGACUUGGCACAAUGGUACCCUUAAGGCUCUUUGCUCACUCAGUUCUUAGUAGCUCUCCUAAAGCACGGGGGUGUUCUCUUCCAGUUCUCUGCGUAGACUUUGCUAUGCCUCUCCACCCACUGCUUCAUCCAGAGAAACACUCGUAUCCACAAUCCCUCCUCACUUUCCCUCACGCACGGCUUUAGAAAGGCGGGGAGAGGGCGCGGCUUAGGCUUUAUAUACCUUGCCAGCCAAUGACCGCGCCGUCUCCUUUCCGGUCGGCGAUCCGACCAAUCCAAGAAGGCUGGUGCAAUCUUCGGCUCUACUCGGCUCUUUACGCUGAUGCGGGCAGGUUGGGGGCCGCCGCCGCUAGAGAGACGCUUUCCUUUUUAAUUUUUUUUCCGUGUGUUCACUUCCGGGUCCGGCGUCGAUCCGGAUGCCCGAGGCAGAAGGAUGUUUGACCUCCGGAUAAGCGAGGCGCUGCUGUGCAUUCAUUCCCGGCUGCAUCGGUGGCGACAGCAGAGGCUCGGGUGGCGACUCUCCGGCCAGCGGCGGCGGUAGGAGGCACCAGCGGCAGUGCAGGGACCGAAUCCGAGCAGCGCUGCGUUACCUCUCUCUCUCGCUCCUUCCCCCCUACCUCGCUCGCUCGCUUGCUCCCUGCGUGGCUCGCUUUCCUCCUCCGGCCGCCGGCGGGUGUGAUGUGCCGCCGCCGCUGCCCCCGCCGGCGCUGACGAACUGGGGGCGCCGCCCGCGCCCGGGACCGACCCCGCUGCUCGCGGCAGCGCCUCUGAGGGGAAGUGACACUGAGAAGCAUCGGGUCUCUUGGUCCACAGCCUCCACAUUUCUUUUCAGCAGGAUGAGGACUGGGAUUAGUGGAAUCAAGGAAUAGUUUAAUUCAACCAGGACCACCUUUACUCUGUGGCAAGGAUGGAACAGUGGGUAGAAUAUGAAGAUGAAUGAGACUCAGUACUGCCUUCAAGGGAGAAGCAGACAUACACAGAGACUGUUAUGGCACUUGAUGUUGUAAUCACAUAGUUUAAUGAAUUAUUAUUCAGUGAACUCCAAAGAUAAAAAGGUGUUUGUGUGAGAACCAAUUGGCUGCUUUGAAAUCAACUCUCUAUCAAUAUCAGCUCACAUCAUUGAAAAGAUAAUUUUGAAGACAUGUUUUGCUGAAAAGACACUAAGAAAAAUUUUACGAAUGGGAUGAACAUGCUCCAGUUAAUUGACUACCUACUGCAAUUUGAAUGUUAACAUUACCCAUCUGGUACAGUUACCUAGUGAUGUACCUAUUUUCACAAUACCCUGUUUCAGUGUGCUUGUCUUGAUUAAAGAAUUCAAAGUGGAGUACCGCAAACUUGAUAUGGAAAAUAAAAAGAAAGACAAGGACAAAUCAGAUGAUAGAAUGGCACGACCUAGUGGUCGAUCGGGACACAACACUCGAGGAACUGGGUCUUCAUCGUCUGGAGUUUUAAUGGUUGGACCUAACUUUAGAGUUGGAAAAAAAAUUGGAUGUGGCAAUUUUGGAGAAUUACGAUUAGGGAAAAAUUUAUACACAAAUGAAUAUGUGGCAAUUAAGUUGGAGCCCAUGAAAUCAAGAGCACCACAGCUACAUUUGGAAUACAGAUUCUAUAAGCAGUUAGGAUCUGGAGAUGGUAUACCUCAAGUUUACUAUUUCGGCCCUUGUGGUAAAUACAAUGCUAUGGUGCUGGAACUGCUGGGACCUAGUUUGGAAGACUUGUUUGACUUGUGUGACAGAACAUUUUCUCUUAAAACAGUUCUCAUGAUAGCUAUACAACUGAUUUCUCGCAUGGAAUAUGUCCAUUCAAAGAACUUGAUAUACAGAGAUGUAAAACCUGAGAACUUCUUAAUAGGACGACCAGGAAACAAAACCCAGCAAGUUAUUCACAUUAUAGAUUUUGGUUUGGCAAAAGAAUAUAUUGAUCCGGAGACAAAGAAACACAUACCAUACAGAGAACACAAGAGCCUUACAGGAACAGCUAGAUAUAUGAGCAUAAACACACAUUUAGGAAAAGAACAAAGUAGAAGAGACGAUUUAGAAGCUUUAGGUCAUAUGUUCAUGUAUUUUCUGAGAGGCAGUCUUCCUUGGCAAGGCUUAAAGGCUGACACAUUAAAGGAGAGGUAUCAGAAAAUUGGAGAUACAAAACGGGCUACACCAAUAGAAGUGUUAUGUGAAAAUUUUCCAGAAGAAAUGGCAACAUAUCUUCGUUAUGUAAGAAGGCUAGAUUUUUUUGAAAAACCAGACUAUGACUACUUAAGAAAGCUUUUUACUGACUUGUUUGAUCGAAAAGGAUAUAUGUUUGAUUAUGAAUAUGACUGGAUUGGUAAACAGUUGCCUACUCCAGUGGGUGCAGUUCAGCAAGAUCCUGCUCUGUCAUCAAACAGAGAAGCACAUCAACACAGAGAUAAGAUGCAACAAUCCAAAAACCAGGUUGUAAGUUCUACAAAUGGAGAGUUAAACACAGAUGAUCCUACCGCAGGACGUUCAAAUGCACCCAUCACAGCCCCUACUGAAGUAGAAGUGAUGGAUGAAACCAACUGCCAGAAAGUGUUGAACAUGUGGUGCUGCUGUUUUUUCAAACGAAGGAAAAGGAAAACCAUACAGCGCCACAAAUGACUCUGGACACAGACAGAUCCUGGGGAGUUACUUACAUGUUCAUCUGCUGUCUUGUGAUUAAAAUCAUCUCUGUAGUGAUCACAUAUAUUUUAAAGGACUCACUCUUAGAAACAAAAAUGUCAUACUUUCAUACUUCAUUUUGUGGUUGUCUUACAUUCUUUUUUUUUUUCUAAUUUAACUUUUAUGGAAGCUUUAAAGUUUUGUCAAAACAUGAGUGCUUUGCCCAUCAAUGAAUGGAGUGGACCAAUGAGGUGGUAUCAAUGAAUAUAGUUCCAUAGAACAUUUUCCAGAAGUUCUUCUGUUGUAGAAAGCAGUACAGUAUCUUAAGUGUCAAUCAGUUAUAUACCUAAUCUGGUUUUUUAUAACUUCUGUAAGAGCAUAAUCAAACAGGAAUUUUCUUUUCUCAGUGGAUAAUUCAAAAGAGAAAACAGAGUUGCCCAAAUAUUUAAAAGAAGUUAUUCCUUGAGAAGUUCAUAUUUUGUGACAUCUGCAUUGAUUUCAGUAUUACUGAUGGUACUGUUAUUCAUAAAUCAUAUUAACAUUCUCUCUGUGAAAUCAUGGUACAGUCACUGCCCAGAGGUACUGAGGAAAAAGCAAUAUGGGUUCGGCAGAUGGUGGUGGUAAAAUGAAUCUUAAGGAGUGUGGUAAAUAUGUGCUCCGCUUUUGUUGCAUCACUAUGUGAAGUACUGUGUUGCAGAAGUGGCAAAAGCGCUUAUUUUUAAAAAUGCAAAAUAUUUGUACAAUGUAACUUUAUGCUUCCAAAUAAUAAUGUAUGUUAGCAAGAAAUGUUUAAAAAGUGAUAUAUGUUGGAGAUAUAAAGAAAUACACUAAGGAGAGGUCGUAAAUGUGAACCUUGUUGCAAUGUAUAAGGUGGAAGCCUCAAGAAAUCUCACUGAAACUUACUGCUGAAUGAUUACAUUCUCCCUUAAGCAGAAGACUUUGGAUGUGCCAUGCAAUGGUGUCUGUGUAAUUAUUUUGCUCUUUGAUAAAAAAAAAAGACCCCCAGCAAUAAAAAGUGGGUCACUCUAUGCCCUCUGUGCACAUUACUCUCUUGUAUUCAACUUUGCUGAUUCUCUGGAAUUUUCCUACUCUUUAGCAUAAUUUUGAUGAUUGAAAAAUAUUUUGGAAAGGAUGGGUCAGGUGCUUUGCCUCCAUAGUCUUUUGAAGUGCCUGCAUAUGAACAACAACAAAAAAAAAUCUGUAAAAAAGGAAGCCCAUUCCACUUUUCAAGUAUGCUUUGUUUUAAGCCAUAAAGACACACAUGUAGUUUUGUCACAUUCUACUAGCCAGAAUUUUCAAGAAGGGUUAAAACAAAGACUGGCUGGAAAGAUACUUAUUUUGAACAAAUCUCAUAUUCAUCUUUCAUUUAUAAAAUUGUUACUUAUUCCUUCCAUGCAGUCUCUUCGUUGUCUUUAAGUGUGUGCCUCCAGGCAUGCUUAUUUAUUUUUAUUGUCUCAAGGUAACAUUUAAGAUGUGUAUUAAAGUAAAGCUGCAUUUUUUUACUUCAUUAUUGCAUUUACAGGGAUUUAAUUGUACUUUGUAAUUUAUUUUUCUUAUUAGCCAAAAGUUUAAUGCAUUUUUUUUGAUGAAUUAGGCACCCACAUGAACACCACAAAUCAGGACAUUGUUUAUCAUUGUUGCUAUGAAUCCUAUGAAUGAUCUUUUUUUAAUUUUAAAGACCUACACUUAACCUACAAAACAUUUGCUGUAUAAUUUGGUCAACAGUUUCUAUCUAUCUGUAUACUGUCAUGAUGUCUUAAACUGCAGGAGUUACAUACUGAGUUUAUAUUUUUAUUUGCUUUGGGCAAGGUAGAUAAACGUUUUGGCCAUUAUAAUGUGAAACCACUUCUUCUUUCUUUACAGUAUUUGACCAAAUUUGUGUGUCUAUGAUAUUUGUAAAUACAUGCGAAUAUCUAUUUCUUAUCAUAAGCCUAUUUAGUUUUAUUCUCAGUAGGGUUUUUUGGAUUGUACAGUGUUUAUAUGAUCUGGACUCCUUAUACAUAAGAAGGUGUGUAUAUUAAUCCAAUUAUGGACUUAAAAUAUUUUAAAAGUAUAAAUACCCUUAUUUGCUGCAAAGACCAGUGUGUAGGCAUUUGCUUUUUAGCAAUAUUUUUAAGUGCUCCAUUUUAAUGCCAAGGAAUAAGUCUUUUGGCAACACAAACUGGUCAAUAAUAGGUAAUGCAGGUAUGUUCAGGUUAAGCCAACAAUGUUUUGCAUUUUUAUGCUUAUUUUCUGUCAACACUAAUGAAGUCAACAUUGCCUGAAUGUCUGAAUAAUGAAACACAUCGCUGUUUAAAAGUAUGUAACUGAAAAAGAAAUAAAAAAAAAUAAAAGUAGUUUUUUUAAA